AUGCAACUUAGUAUUCGGAUUUCAAGCGAAAACGAAAGCCAUUAUCGACAAUCAAAUACUGUCGAUUUAAAACAUAACAGCAUAAAUACAUGCAGUUCAAAUUGCCAUAGUUUAAAUAGUCUUGAAAUAGAUAGUCUACAUUCACAGCCAGGAUCUGAUAAACAUAGUAGCACUGAUCCUAGCGAUACUACCAUUCAUAAUCUU